AUUCACUGAAAAAAAAGUUCAGUGCACUGUCUUGUGGGGUCCAGAUGACCCCACUUUUAAUGUAAACAAGCCUAGGAGAGUGGAAGGGUUAAUCCCUUUUGUAGUCAUGGAGUUACUGGAGCCUGUACAAGCUUCUGUUGAGUAAAAGUAGAAUACCCCAGUCUUUUGGAAAUCCACCAAGCACCAGUUCACACCUAAGGACAAUUUUAGAAUUAUCUACUAACCUAUGAAGCAUCUUUAUGGACUAUGGGAGGAAGCCAGAGUGCCCAGAGAAAACCCAGACAUGCAUGAAGAGAACAUGCCAACCCCACAUUGAGAGGACUCAGCUGGGACGAACCAGGGCCUUUUCACUGUGAGGCCAGAGUCCCAACCCCUCUAUCACUGUACAGCCCAUUUCUUUUAACACGUCUGGGUUUUCUUCUUAUCUUGGGUUAAGCUUUUUAGUUAUGUUUUUUUUUUUUGUUUUGUUUUUGAUGGGUCAACUGAAACACAGUUGCACUGUGGCAAUAUUUUCAGUAUUGAAUUCUUCACAUACCAAAUAAAUAUCGAUUAAGAGAAAAAAGUGAUAGGCUUUAUUUUUUCAUUCAUAAUUGAACAAAACUACAGACCACCUAAUUUUCAACUGUUAGUAAAUCAUAUGUAUUUAUUUUUAAAAGAUUUCCAUGUUUAUUCCCUUCUUUAAGAUACAAAAAUACACAGUUUAUGUAUAUAGAUGGUUAAUAGAAAACAUUUCAAAUGAAACAUAAAAAUAUGUGCUGCUGUUCAUUAAAAUGAGAUGGAAAUGAGGGUGGGGGUGGCUUCUCAUCUGAUUUGAGGAGUCAUGUUGGUUAUGCAUGAUUUCAGUGGUUAAAUAUGGAGUUGGUUGUAUUGGUGCAGGAGAAGACAAAGGAGGACACAUAUUGUUCCACCAGCAGUCUCCAUCUUUAAAUAGGACUCACUGCAGAUGUUCUUUGACUUUUGUUUGUUUUCAGCAACUCUGUGAUCACGCUUACUGUUGAAAGAGUUAUUGAAGUAAUGAGAUGUGUUUUAUGUGCAUAGAUCUGUAGGGAUGGAAUCAGCGCUGAUCGCCAACAAGUCUGUAAAAGUGAUUCAUCCCUGCUAUGAGUUACAUGAUGCAGCUCUAACAUUUGCAAACCCGCCUUCCAUCAGCUGUGUGUCGCUCUAUAUUUUCCUGGGAUUAAUGUCCGUCAUCACCGUAUGUGGAAACCUCCUCGUUGUGGUAUCUAUUGUUUACUUUCGACAGCUUCACACUCCCACCAACUACCUCAUUCUGUCUCUUGCUGUUGCUGAUUUGCUCGUCGGCGUCCUCGUCUUUCCGUCCAGCAUGACUGUCACUGUGACUUCAUGUUGGUAUCAGGAAGAUUUGUUCUGCAAACUGCGCGGCAGCUUUGAUGUGACUCUGAGCACAGCUUCGAUUCUGAACCUGUGCUGCAUUUCUCUUGACAGGUAUUAUGCAGUCUGUAAACCUUUGACAUACAGGAGUCAAAUGAGUCACCGUGUCAUUGGGAUGAUGAUUCUGGCGAGCUGGGGAGUCUCCGCUUUGAUCGGAAUUGGCAUCAUAGUUGCGGGAUUUAACCAAGGCAAAUUGAUAGUCAUGCUGAGCUUCUACCUGAAGAUCUUCUUCGUAGCACAGAAGCAGGUAAAAAGUAUACAGAGCACCACAUGUCAGAACUCAGAGUGUGGAACGACCGUGAGCCGGAUGGAAAGAAAAGCCACCAAAACAUUGGCUGUCGUCAUGGGAGUGUUUAUCUUCUGCUGGGCCCCCUAUUUCCUGUGUAUCAUCUUCCAACCUCUGACAUACGAAGAAACUCCAGUUGCCGUGAUUGAGACUUUAAACUGGCUGACUUUGUCGAAUUCAAUGCUGAAUCCUUUCAUUUACGCCUUCUUUUAUACCUGGUUCAGAUCUGCUAUCAGAAUGAUCAUUUCUGGAAAAAUAUUUCAGGGUAAUCAUACCAACACUACUCUGUUUUGAAGUGAGGCUGUAAGAAAGAUAGCUUCAG